AUCACACACCCCAGCACACCAGUGCAGGAAACUUAUAACCUCAGGAGGCAGGUCCCUCCCCUCACUGUGGUCACAAACCUCCAGAAGAGCGGACCAGGCAGCUGCCAGCUCCUGCCACUCCUGCACCUCCGUCGCUGGGACCCUCAGGACUUUGAACCCUCCAAGUCAUCAAAAAGCCAAGAUGUUGGUGUUACUGGCUGGCAUCUUCGUGGUCCACAUCGCCACUGUCAUUAUGUUGUUUGUUUCCACCAUUGCCAAUGUCUGGGUGGUUUCAGACUUUGGAAGAUCAUCAGUAGGUCUUUGGAAAAACUGUACCGAAGGUAACUGCAAUGGAGACUUGCUGUACGCCCACGAAGACGCGCUCAAGGCUGUGCAGGCCUUCAUGAUCCUUUCCAUCAUCUUCUCUGUCAUCUCCCUCAUGGUCUUCGUGUUCCAGCUCUUCACCAUGGAGAAGGGGAACCGCUUCUUCCUCUCGGGGGCCACCAUGCUGGUGUGCUGGCUAUGCAUUCUGGUUGGGGCGUCCAUCUAUACUCAUCAUUACGCAGAUGGUAGUGGAACCCUCUUCCUUAAAAGUCACCACGGCUACUCCUUCAUUCUGACCUGGAUCUGCUUCUGCUUUAGCUUCAUCAUUGGCAUUCUCUACCUGGUCCUGAGAAAGAAAUAAGGCUGAACUCGAUUAUGGGGAUCUGGGGGGUGGGGAGGAGGAAGCCGAGGAAUUUGGGAGGGAAGUGAAAGUUGUUCUGCAGGAAAAGCCAAGAUGGGGCGGGGGGCGGGGGAGGGAGACAUGAGGGUGGGAGAGGCUGAAACCCAAACUGUUACUCAGGAGGUCACUACUGUCAAGCCCCCACCCUUGGGAGAAAGUAGUUGGCUAGAACUUGGAUGUUCCCUUGAUGUGGGCUAGAGAGCCUCUCUCCAGCCACCAGACUUGGCCUCCAGCUGCUCUUAGUUACAUACACAGCUGCCACACCACUGGCUCCACUUCCAAGGGUGAAUUCUGGGUCUUGCACUGUGGUCCUCAGACCUACUGCACCAAGUUAAAAUAGCGGUACAAGUUCCGGCAAGGGCAGAGAUUGUUUUUGUACUGAAUAUGCUAAGCCUGGAAGCCAUCCUGCCAUCCCGCCCUUCCGACCCAAAGAAAACAUCACAUUCCAGUCUGAGGGGCCCACAGGAGGGCUUUGGCCUGCGAGCCAUUAUCCCUCUUUGGAACAGAUAUUUAACUCUGUGGAAUUCAGUAGUAUUUGUGACAAAGUGGUAGGAAGAGAUAUAAGUCAUGAAGCCAAGUUGGUGGGUUAGUGAAACCAAGGAAGAGAACUUUUCAUAGUGGAAGGCCCAGGGGGUGGUCAGAACCCAGACCAGACCUCACACAGCUGUCCCUUGUGGAGACCUCUUGCUGCGGACUUCGCUAGGCCUCUCGCUUUAAGCCAAGGUGGCUCUCCUGGAGUUUCAGUAAAGCCACUACGAUCAAUUCUGUGGUGAAAGCACCACCCAAAUUAUGGGGUCAAGGGGCAGUCUUGCAACAAUACUAUAUUAGAAUUAUGAUUUUAGUAUUCUCUCUCCAUGCAAUCAGUGUUUCUUUUAAGUAUAUAACGAGAGAGACAGACAUAGCUCCUUACAACACAAUCUGUUACUCUCCCUUUAAAUGAUAAACUUUUCAGGAUGUUUUAUCUAAUUAUUCAUAUUUGGGAUCAGGGCUCCUAGGCUCAGUGGCAACUUUAGCUUUGACACUGGCUGGAGUGGUCACCUUUCAGAAAACCUGCCUGUCUUGCUUUAGAAGUGAGGCAAGACAAUUCUGGAAGCUUAUUGAAACACACACAAACCAAAAUCAACAACAUGUCCUUGGGUGAAAGGUGCUAUGCAGUUGGAAAGUGUUAAGCAUAGAUUUAAGUCAUGAGAAGAACAGGGUGCCUGUGCUCCCAGGAAAAUAAAAAAAGUUCCCUGAGAUAAAUAAAAAUAUAGGUGAUGGACAGAUAUCUUCUUUAAGGAAAAAAACAAAACAAAACACUUCUUGUGGUGCUGUCAGAUGGUAAUUGAUCUGUUUGUUGCCACAGAGCAUUUCUAUAUAGGAUUUAGAAGUAGUGUGUUAUUCCUGAUUAAGCAGGCACUGCUCUGGCCUGGAGCAGCUAUUUUAAGCCAUCUCAGAUUCUGCCUAAAGGGUUUGUUUUAGGAAGACAUUUCCUUCAUCACCCCGAGAAGAUCUACCCUAGGGAGAACCUGAGACAUCUUGCCUAUUUUUCUUCUUCUAGCUCUCUCAUCCAAUUUCUUAUAUACUUUUCCUUUUUGGAGAGUUGUUAUGCUACGAUUACUGGUAUUUAUGUAAAAGGACUCUUGAUAAAUAUAUUUCUCUGUGUUCAUUCGGUUAAGGGAAUGUUGAGGACAGAUCACCGAAUUCUCUGGGCAGAAGAUAGAGAGGUUGGAAAGCAAAAAUUAUGGGAUGAUAAACUUUUUAAUUAUCAUUUAAUUAUCACAUGAUUGUAGAAGGCUGUCUUAUGUGCAGAAGCAUACUUACAUAUCUGCUAUAUCCAAAAGAGAUAAUUGCAUUAUGUUAAAAUGUCAAACUAUGACUUGAGUGAACCAUGUAUUCCCAUGUCUUUUACUUUGUUUCUGUGCCAUUUAUGUCUCAUGUAAUUUGCAUUACAUUGGUGGGUUGUUCUAGUACUGUAUUUGGCUUCUUCUUUAAUAGAUUGAUAUUUCAUAUACUAUAAUUGUAAAUAUUUUGAUACAAAUGUUUAUAACUCUAGGGAUAUAAAAACAGAUUCUGAUUCCCUUCA